GGUCUUACCCACUCUUCUUCUCCUAGCUGCAAGCCUUCUUCCUGGUGACAGAUGACAUCAUGGAUUCAUCCCUUACUCGCCGAGGGCAGUUGUGCUGGUAUCAGAAGCCUGGCAUAGGUUUGGAUGCCAUCAAUGAUGCUUUGCUUCUGGAAGCAUGUAUCUACCGCCUGCUGAAGCUCUACUGCCGGGAGCAGCCCUAUUACAUGAACCUGAUCGAGCUCUUCCUGCAGAGUUCCUAUCAGACGGAGAUUGGGCAGACCCUGGACCUCAUCACAGCCCCCCAGGGCAGUGUGGAUCUUGCCAGAUUCACUGAAAAGAGGUAUAAAUCCAUUGUCAAGUACAAGACAGCUUUCUACUCCUUCUACCUUCCUGUAGCUGCUGCCAUGUAUAUGGCUGGCAUUGAUGGGGAGAAGGAGCAUGCCAACGCCAAGAAGAUCCUGUUGGAGAUGGGCGAGUUCUUCCAGAUUCAGGAUGAUUACCUUGACCUCUUUGGGGACCCCAGUGUGACUGGCAAAGUCGGCACUGACAUCCAGGACAACAAAUGCAGCUGGCUGGUGGUACAGUGUCUGCAGCGGGCCACUCCGGAGCAGUACCAGAUCUUGCAGGAGAACUACGGGCAGAAAGAUGCUGAGAAGGUGGCCCAGGUGAAGGCACUGUACGAGGACCUGGACCUGCCAGCCGUGUUCCUGCAGUAUGAGGAAGACAGUUACAGCCAUAUCAUGGGUCUCAUUGAGCAGUAUGCUGCACCCCUGCCCCAGGUCAUUUUCCUGGAACUGGUGAACAAAAUCUACAAGCGGAAAAAGUGACCUACAGACUGCAAGGGCAGGGAACGGGGGCUCUCAAUAAAUUAUUAUAUUUGAGUUGGAGUCUCA